AUGUCUGAUACGCUUCAGGACGGGGAGUCUUCAACACGAAGUAAUUCACUUAAGAUAUCCUUACCCACUGUGCUUUACACGGACACUGCUGAUACUGAAACACCUCAAACCAACUUCAAUGAAUCAAAGCACUCUCUACCAUCUAGUUUCGGAGCAUCAACGUUACUCCUAUCAUCUCCCGUGUCCCUGCCCACGUCACCGACACCAUUCACUAAAACUCCUCUCCAAAGCCGAUCUAACAGAUCUCUUGAUGAACCAACCGAUUCUAAGCACCAACAAAAUACCCAGAGCAAACCUAUCAUCAAUACGGGAUCUUCUACUGGUAAUCCUCGCAACAAAUGCGUUCUUCAACCAGGUCACAGUCUUAUGGACUGGAUCAGGCUGGGAAAUUCGGGGAAAGACUUGAACGGAAUCAGCGGCCGCAUCAGACCCGUUACACCCACGGAACUGUCGACACACAGUACACAGGAAGACGCGUGGCUCGCAAUUAGGGGAAGAGUUUAUAAUAUUACGUAUUAUUUACCCUACCAUCCCGGAGGUCCUGAAGAAUUAAUGCGUGGCGCUGGUAUUGAUGCAACAGAACUCUUUGAUAAAGUUCAUCCAUGGGUCAAUUACGAUUCACUCUUAGCAAAGUGCUUAGUGGGGCCCCUUCGAGCUGAUAGACCUGAUGCUGAGGAACUUUUUGACAUCACAAAUGCAUCUCCAAAAUCUGAACGUCUUAGAGAACCGUCAAAAGCCCAAGAACUCGUUAGAAAAUCAAUGGAAAAUUUAGCAAACUGUAUAACACCUGUAAGGAAAAAGAUUACUACUAAAAGCGACGACAACGUUAAAGGAAGUCCUCCAAGCAAAAUCAUGCAAAGUCUAAUACAGUCGAGUGAUCUGCCAGUGUCAAUAAGUCGUAGAGCUGCGUCGAGUCCAAUUAAGUCUGACAAAGCACAAGGGUCACCGCCUCCUUUGCGUUUCGACUGGAUACAAACAUCAAUGAAACUUACUAUCUCAAUAUACACUGGUCUUUUAGCUAAUCCAGGUGGAUGUGCAAAGAUAACAGACGGUCGAUUACAUGUGGAAGUAGCUACUGACGGAUGGCUUAGAACGGUGCAGUUAAUACCGGAUGAACAAAUUAAAGAUCCUUUGCAAUUGAGGGUUUUCUCUGAGAGCGGAAAAAUUGAGGUGAUGGCGUCUAAAGUGGAACACAAGGUUUGGAAGAACGUGGGUGUGAUGUCCUUCGGCGCUGCCACUCAGAUAUCCUCUCCGCGGACAUUAGACUGUCGGGUGAUGCAUGUGGAGCGAGUCUCCCAUGACACUAUGUUACUUGCUUUGUCACCUGUGUCUGGUCCGGUUAUUGUGCCACUAGGACACCAUAUUCGAGUUCACCACAAAAUAAACGAUAAGGAGUGUAUACGUUCGUACACCCCAGUGGGAGAUGGGUGGGACAAUUUUGGCGGUGACCUGAGCGCAUUGAAAUUGGCGAUUAAGAGAUAUGAUACAGGGGAUCUAUCACCGUACCUCACGUCCUUGAAGUUAGGUCAUCUCGUCACGCUUUCGGGACCGUAUGGAAAUUUUCAAUUACAGAAGGUGAGGAGACAUAACAAAUUUUUUUACAUCUGUAUUUCAUGA